CGUCGUCCUCUUCUUUCCCAUUCCCGCCCACCUCAAAACCAGAAUCUUACUUUGCGUUGCGAUGAUAUUAUAGCUCCAUAGAGAGGUCCAUCUGAUCCUUGCAACACACAAGAACAAGCUCCGAGAAGCCUCCCUGCCGCCACUGCCUCCCAAUUCCUCCCCCGAUUCCGCCGCCCAUUGCGUCAAGAACCGAUGCAAUUCGCCCCCAAGAUUCCGGCUUCCGACGGCGCCGGUGCUCUAGCGCCGCCUCCGGGAGAGGUGGAGGCCUGAAGGUGGUGGCUUGAGAGCGAAUGGGCGCGGCUCAGUUGACGAUUCUGUUCGUGGUGCUUGCCGCCGCGGCGGCGAGGGCGGCGGGGGCGGGGGCUCGGCCGAGCGAGGUGGCCGUGGGCGCGCUCUUCACCUAUGACUCCACCAUUGGCCGCGCGGCGCGGUUGGCCAUCGAGCUCGCCGUCGACGACGUCAACGCCGACCUCACGGUGCUCGCGGGCACCAAGCUGAACUUGAUCACCCAGGACACCAACUGCAGCAGCUUUCUUGGAACCAUCGAAGCAUUGCAGCUAAUGGAGAAAAAUGUAGUUGCUGUUAUUGGCCCACAAUCCUCUGGGAUAGGCCAUGUCAUCUCCCAUGUUGUUAAUGAGCUACAUGUUCCUCUUCUAUCAUUUGCGGUCACAGACCCAACUCUUUCUGCAUCAGAGUAUCCUUACUUCUUAAGGACAACGAUAAGUGACUACUUCCAAAUGAAUGCCGUUGCUAGUAUUGUUGAUUACUAUCAAUGGAAAGAUGUGACUGCUAUAUUCGUUGAUGAUGAUUAUGGGCGAGGUGGUGUGUCAGCCCUUGGUGAUGCACUUGCAGUAAAGAGGGCAAGGAUUUCAUAUAAAGCAGCUCUUCCUCCGAAUUCAAAUACAGACGUGAUCACUGAUGUACUGUCUACAGCGAACAUGAUGGAAUCAAGGGUCAUGGUUGUGCAUGUCAAUCCUGACACAGGGAUGAGUAUAUUUUCUGUGGCUAACAAGCUCCAGAUGAUGGCCAGUGGCUAUGUCUGGAUAGUAACUGAUUGGCUAGCUGCUGUCCUGGAUUCCUUAGGUCCCAGAGAUAUUAAUGUUAUGAAUCAUAUACAAGGACUAAUUGUUCUUCGGCAGCACACUCCUGAAUCUGAUACUAAGAAUAAGUUCAUAUCUAAAUGGAAUAACGUGGCUCGUAACAGAAGUAUUACUUCUGGCUUGAACUCAUAUGGUUUUUAUGCUUAUGAUUCAGUUUGGGCUGUUGCUCGUGCUAUCGAUCAAUUUCUCAAUAGUGGACAACAGAUCAACUUCUCUGCAGAUCCAAGGUUGCAAGAUUCAAAUGGCAGCACUUUGCAUCUAUCAACUCUCAAGAUAUUUGAUGGUGGUGAGCAGAUGCUACAGCAACUUCUGCUCACAAACUUUACAGGCCUAACAGGCCCAGUUCAGUUUGACUCAGACCGCAAUUUGGUACGCCCAGCGUAUGAUAUCCUUAAUGUUGGUGGCUCUGGCUCCCGCUUGAUUGGAUAUUGGUCUAAUUACUCAGGCCUUUCUGUUGCUGCUCCUGAAAUUUUGUAUCAGAAGCAACCAAAUACAUCUACAAGUGCCCAGCGGCUGUACAAUGUGGUAUGGCCAGGUGACUCCACAACUACGCCUAGGGGUUGGGUUUUCCCAAACAAUGGCCAGCCUCUGAGAGUUGGUGUUCCAAUCAAAGCAAGCUUUAAGGAAUUAGUGUCAGGUAGCAGAGGCUCUGAUAAUGUGACCGGUUAUUGCAUUGAUAUAUUCAACGCAGCGAUUAAACUUCUUCCUUACCCAGUUCCUUGUCAAUUCAUACCGAUUGGGGAUGGUAGAAAGAACCCUAAGUAUGGCGAUAUUGUUAAUAUGGUUGCUGCCAAUUCCCUUGAUGCAGCUGUAGGCGACUUUGCUAUAGUGAGAAAUAAGACAAAGAUCGUAGGAUUCACACAGCCUUAUAUCGAGUCAGGGCUUGUGAUAGUGGCGCCGGUGAAACAAGCAACUUCAAGUGCAUGGGCUUUCCUUAAACCUUUCACAUUGCAGAUGUGGUGUGUAACAGGUGCUCUUUUUAUUUUUGUGGGGAUAGUUGUUUGGAUUCUUGAACAUCGGAUUAAUGAAGAAUUUCGAGGUUCUCCACGACACCAAGUCAUAACAAUAUUUUGGUUCAGCUUCUCGACAAUGUUCUUUUCACACAGACAAAACACUGUAAGCGCACUUGGGCGGUUCGUGUUGAUCAUAUGGUUGUUCGUUGUGCUGAUCAUCAAUUCAAGUUAUACUGCUAGCUUGACGUCAAUCCUCACAGUCCAACAGCUCGCAACAGGAAUAACAGGACUCGACAAUUUGAUUUCUAGUGCUUUACCUAUUGGAUACCAGGCUGGAAAAUUUACCAGAAGUUACCUGAUUGAAGAACUCAAUAUUCCUGACUCUCGAUUGGUACCACUAAAUACGAUCCAGGAAUAUGCUGAUGCCCUUAACCGCGGACCAAAAAGCGGCGGUGUUGCUGCAAUUGUUGAUGAGAUGCCAUAUGUUGAGAUCUUUCUGACAUAUUACUGCAAUUUCAGAAUAGUGGGACAGGAGUUCACAAAGGAGGGAUGGGGCUUUGCAUUCCAGAGAGACUCCCCCCUUGCUGCAGACUUGUCUACGGCAAUCCUUCAACUUUCAGAGAGUGGACAACUUCAGAGAAUCCAUGACGAGUGGUUCUCAAGGCCUAGUUGCGCCUCUGAUGAUAGUGAAGUGGGAGCAACCAGGCUUGGCCUCGGAAGCUUUUGGUGCCUUUUUCUCGUGUGUGCUCUGAUAUGUGUCUUUGCUCUCGUGGUGUUCUUUAUAAGAGUCUGCUGGCAGUUCAGGCAGUACUCCAAUUCUGAAGCUGCUGGUGAGCCCAGUGCAACCGAUGCUGCUGCCGCUGUCGCUGCUGCUGUAGAAAGACAGCGGAGGCCAACACACCUUGGCAGCUUCAAAGAGCUGAUACAUUUUGUUGACAAGAAGGAGGAAGAAGUUAGGCGAACAAUGAAACGAAGAUCAAGCGAGAAAGAUAACCAAGCUGCAGGAUCCUCAGAUGCUCAGUUGGUGGCUUCAUCGUAGAACAUUCUUCCAGACUUCAGUCCUUCAGAUGGCAAAGCAGGGAACUUCAUUAUCAAGAUAACACAUUGAAUCAGGUUCUCUACAGAAAGAAAACAAAUUGAAGUAGAUAGUGUUGGUAUACUUUUAGUAGGAUGAUGUAAGAAUCCAUAUUUUUUCUCAGGAUCAUUAGAAUUCUCUUUUGUCUCGCAUAUACACGGUUUGUAUUCAACAAUGUUUUUCGGCAAAUCAACAAUAUUGCAAGCUGUGCAAAGUGAUAUGUUUUUUAUUGCUUUUCUAACAUGCAUCUCUUGACAAGA